GUGGAUUUUCCAAUGUUAAACUGUCCCUUGUGAAAACAAAAGGCAGACCUAGACAGGUACAGUCAUUCACUAGACGGUACAGGAAAAGAAAAGCAUGUCCCAAGGAUUUUCAUACUAGAUCAGAUGAGGUGAAGAAGCAGAUGCUUCUAUCUGGGUGUCUGUUGGAUGCUACCGUUCUCCCACCUUUCUCUGUUUUAAAUCUGAAGUCAACAGAAAACAUUUUUUCUGUAUGUGCCAAUGCCAAUAUUUCUUUGUGUUCUAUUCAGCCCUUAUUUACUGAAGAUGCAUGGGAAAAACUUGAGGCCAGAAUAGCAGAAAAGAAGGGCAAAGAUUUAUUUUUUUGCAAUUCGUGCUUCAUUAUGGAUGAUAGCCAGUAUAAAAUGAUAGAGUGUGAGGGUUGCCUCCAAUGGUUUCAUUACCAUUGUCUUGGCUUGAGGACAGCCUCAAAGCCAAAGAAAUGGUAUUGCGAUGCUUGCUGGCAGUGA